CAGCGACUUUAGUUACUGGCCCAGUGUCGAACUGAACGGUCGUCGUCGUCGUCGUCGUCUAUUUGCGUCUGCUCUGUCUCACGCGAGAAGAGAGCUUCCUGCAGAGUUUGUGCCUGUCUUACUCCGUGUGCAUUAGAUCAUAAAGCGUUCACAUUCUCCUCCUGUUCAGUGGUGGAAGUGAAUGGGUCAUUCAUGAGCCCAAGGCAGAUGUGAAGACUUGCGAAGAAAAAAGAGCCAAGCGAGACAAAACAAACCAUCGAAGGUGCAGCGUGAGUCAUCCGGUGGCUUAAAGCGAUGUGUGAUUGUGUUUUUGGUUCAUAAUUCAUGUGCUGGUUGGUUAGGCAUCUAGUGAGGAAGUUUCCCGAUUAAGCAUCGCAGAUUGACGCAGAAUAGUACCUAACCCACUUCGCAGUUGGACGUCUUGAAGCAUUUACCAACACGUGCUUCGCAUCUCGAGCCUACCAGCGUGAGCAUCACCAGUUUACCGUAGACUGCCUAAACAAACCACAAAUCUACACCUGGUCAGAGUGGGGCGGAUGCCUUCAACCAGACCGUAGUCAACAGAGUAAGGCAUGGAUAUUUCACAAACUUCAUCGUCGGCAGGGACGACAUCCCCAUCUCGCCGCAGCAGCAUACCGAUUCCGAAGCGCAAGAAUUCCCUGCACCUCUAUAUAUCGAACAGCAUCGUAGGCCCUUCCCAUUCCUCUUCCCCAUCGCCCGCAUCGUCGACCCAGGGCGAGGACCAUGUGAAUGGAUUUGGUGGCGGCAUCAAUAGCAGAGCUGAUUCACCAUCUCCCCAUUCGGCGUCAUCGUCCAGGUCCGCCACGGCUAUGAGCAUGCACAACUCGCUUUAUGUGCCCCGGAGCUCAACCACUAACGUCGCCACUGAGAUCAAUACCAACGAGUAUCUACAGCUGCGCGAGAAUCACAAUCGGCUGAUCAACAAGUGCGAAGAAAUAACAAAGCGGAAUCAAAAUCUCGAAGGUACAAACCAACUGCUGAAGAAGAGCAUAGUGGCCCUCCAGACGGAAAUUGCUACUCUACGAAAAGAGCGAAACGAUAAAACUCGAAAACUGAAGAAAAAACUAUCGGAAAUUGUCCCAUCCGGCGAGGGCAUCAGCAGUGAUGAUGAAGAAUCGGAUAAAUCAUCGAAAUCAGAAAACAACUCCACCAACACCGAUCAAAUGAAUCACUCAUCAGCGGUCAACCUCAGGGAAGGUGAAAUGGAUGUUGCACUAAAUGAAUUGGAAAAACUCAAAUCCUACGUGAACAAUGUCGAGCUUCAGCUUUACGAGGCGAAUGAGAAGAUUUCCGAGCUACAGGAGAGUAAGCAACAAUCCGAGGAGACAAUCGUCAAGUUGCGAGCCGAGAAAGACGAGUUCAGUAAAGUCGCGCGACUGAUGUCGGCCAACAUGCAGGAAUCAAUUGAUGCAAGCAAGUGGUUGGAAAACUCCUACAUCCAAGUCCGACGAGAACGUGACAAUCUGGUUCGCUUGAAUCGCGAUUCGGUAGAUUCAAAAACCGGUCCACAUGAAGAAAUCCAAAAAAUGCGGUCCGAGAUGGAGCUCAAACGGAAAACGUUCGAGGCACAGUUCAUCGAAUACAAAGCACAAAUGGAGCAGGAGCUUUCGCGUAACACCAAUGAGCAAAUCGUAACGCUACAGCUGGAAGUUGACCAACUGAAACAGGAUCUCAAUGAAGCGCUGAAUCGUGCCGAACGUGCAGAAGAGGAAGUGCGUGAACUGCGGCAGCAACUUCGUAUCAGCCAGCUUCCGGAGAGUCAGUUCUACUCCCAACUAGAUCUGGACAAAUUGAGUCUCCGAGGCGAUGGCGACAACGAAUCACUACUGUCCUAUGUCAGUGGGUCAGUGGUCAGUGCAGCAGCACCACCCCCUCCUCCUCCUCCUCCUCCACCUGCCCCCGUUCCUCCACCCCCUCCGCCACCCCCAUCGAUGAUGGCCGCCAAGAGGUCCAGUGGAAUAGGACUGAGUGAAGCAAUCUCGACGCAAAAAUUAAAUCCAGUCGGCGAUGUAUAUAGCAGGCAGCAGCAAGCAACAGGUCUAGAUUCCGUCAUAGACGACAUCAAGAAAGGUCGGGUAACGUUACGUCGUCGUAAACCGAAUGUACUAAAAGAAAUGGACAGCAAUCAGGAUACCGGUAGUUCCAGCUCCACUGCCAAUUCCAGCAACGAUAGCAGCAAAAGCCGUCGAAGCCAGCAAACCUACAGCCAAAUGGCAGCUCAGAACCCCGCACUUCGUGAAAUGUACGAAAUUCUCGACCGGAUGAAGCGACGAAAUCGACAGUCUAAAGUGCUGGUCGAGAUGGAUUUAGUGCCAUUUGAUGAUGCUGUGUGAAGCUUGGAAGAAAUGUGCUUGGAUGUGAUAAAACGAAACGGUGCUCCCGAAAGCAGAGGUAGCAAACUCAAGUAGUGAUUACCGGCAUUCCUGAUCUUUGGAACAGUUAACGAAUUACUUAUACGAACACGUGAUUCAACUAAACAUUGCAUUUGUUUUAAUUAAUAUAUAAUUAAGUUGAUUAUUUUGAAAUACUUUAUUGAUUAGCUAAUUUUAUUAAUAGAUUAUAACAAAUUUAUAGAAUAAUACAAAGGAUUUGUCAGUA